AUGAAAAUCACUUUGUUCCUCGAGAUAUGUCUAUUUAGUCUUGCCGCAUAUGGCUGGCAACACCCGCCUAUAGGCCACGAAUGGCAUCCACCAGUUCCAGGAGACAGUCGCUCACCCUGCCCUGGCCUCAAUGUAAUGGCAAAUCACGGCUUCCUCCCCCGUUCAGGCAAAAACAUCGAUUUGGCCGCUGUCCGAUCAGGAGUAAGUCAAGCCUACAACUUCGCUCCAACUACAUUCGACAGUGCCUUUGAGCAAGCGGUGGCCUUCAACCUUACGACAACGGGGAAUAUCUCGACUUUCAACCUGGAGGAUCUCAAAAAGCACGACGCCGUCGAGUUUGAUGGGUCAUUGUCGCGCAACGAUGCCUACUUCGGAGAUGACCAUACCUUCAACCAUGCUAUUUGGUGGACUACAGCCCUGAGACUUGGCCUAUAUGAUUAUGGAGCCUUUGGGAAGGAUAAACAUGUUACUGUCGAGGCGGCAGCGCGAGCCCGUGCUGCUCGAGUACGGGAUGCCUUGGAGGUUAAUCCCGAAUUCAAUGCCUCUGCAAACGAAAUGACCGGUAGUCCCGGUACAACAGCUCUUUAUUUGACGACACUGUGGGAUAACGGGGCAGAUGCAGCUCCAAAGUCAUGGGUUAGAGCCUUUUUUGAGAACGAACGCAUCCCGUAUCUUGAGGGAUACCAGCCGCCUGAAGUGCCGAGGACCAAUGUUACUAUUGCUGAAAUGUUUGCAAGAGUCAGUGCAGUCAAUGUUUCUGAUAUACAAAACUAG